CCCAUCUCUUCCUUCGUAUCUCUUUUCUGUAAUUUCUCUGUCUUUCUUAGUUUUAGCUACGUACUCUCGCUUUUCGGUGUACGUCAUAACAUGGUGAGGCUAGCUGAACAAUACGAGCAUGUGUUCCGAUGCUUCGACGAGGAUGGAGAUGGUAAGCUUUCGCCUUCGGAGCUGAGAAAACGCGUGGGGUUGACAGGCGGAGAGCUUCUCCUGAAAGAAGCGGAGGUCGCGGUCGAGUCGCUGGACUCGGAUGGUGACGGCCUCCUGUGCUUGGAGGACUUCAUCGGGUUCAUGGAAGGCGGGGGCGAGGAAGAUAAGAUGGGCGACUUGCGAGAGGCUUUCGGGAUGUAUGUGACGGACGGGUGCGGGUUCAUCACGCCGAAGAGCCUCAAGAGGAUGCUCUCUAGGCUGGGGCAAUCCAAGAGCGUGGAUGAGUGCGAGGCCAUGAUAGGUCAUUUCGAUCUCGAUGGAGAUGGUGUGAUCAGCUUCGAUGAAUUUAAGCUUGUGUUCCGAUGGUUUGACGAGGAUGGAGACGGCAAGCUUUCGCCUUCGGAGCUGAGGCAGCACAUGGGCUUGACGGGCGGAGAGCUGCUCCUGAAGGAAGCGGAGGUCAUGGUCGAGUCGCUGGACUCGGAUGGCGACGGCCUCCUGUGCUUGGAGGACUUCGUCGGGUUCAUGGAAGGUGGGGGCGAGGAAGAGAAGAUGGGAGACUUGAGAGAGGCGUUCGGGAUGUACGUGACGGACGGGUGCGGGUUCAUCACGCCGAAGAGCCUCAAGAGGAUGCUCUCAAGGCUCGGGCAAUCCAAGACCGCGGAUGAGUGCGAGGCCAUGAUAGGUCACUUCGAUCUCGAUGGAGAUGGCAUGGUCAGCUUCGAUGAAUUUAAGGUUAUGAUGAUGUAGAUUUCAUUGUACAUACGAUGGAAAUACUGUUUGAUUUCAUAUGGACCAUUCGUUCUUAGUCA